CUGGACUUUUUGUGCACCCCUGCUUGUGAAGUGAGAGAGAGAGAGAGAGAGAGAGAGAGAGAGAUUUUGGUUACGUUGCUGGAAAGCCAAAGCCUUUGGAGUCAUAGAACAGAUUAGCGAUGGGAAGCACGAGUGCUCUCUCCUCUCAUCUUCACCUCAACAACGCCUACUGUCUGUUCAAAAGUCUCAAUUCAAGCAGAAAUCAACGAACUUCACUUCUAUUCAACCGGCGAAAAUCCAAAUUCGGCGCCUCACGCAAAAGAGAGCCCGAAAGGUUCAAUAAAUUUGCUUGCUUUACUGUUGACGACGAAUUGAUUAAGCAGCAAGAACUACUUGGGGGUGGUGGCGUUGGCUCAGCCGUUGAAGAAAAUCCUGGUAUCAAAGAGCCCUAUGGGGAUGAUGGUUCAACAGAAGCUAUGUUACAAACUGAUGACCCAACUAAAGGAAGUGCGCUUUAUGAGUUCCUUUAUCCAAGUAAAGAGCUGCUUCCUGAUGACAAGGAAAUGAGUAUAUUUGAUCACCUAGAGGAGCUGCGGGAGAGGAUCUUUGUGUCGGUUUUGGCAGUUGGAGCGGCUAUUCUUGGAUGCUUUGCAUUUUCAAAGGAACUGGUAUUGGUUCUGGAAGCUCCUGUAAAAGAACAGGGUGUUAGGUUUCUGCAACUAGGUCCGGGCGAGUUUUUCUUUACAACUUUGAAGGUAUCAGGUUACUGUGGUCUUCUUUUAGGGAGCCCCAUAAUCCUCUAUGAGAUCAUAGCCUUUGUUCUCCCAGGUCUAACAAAGGCAGAGAGAGGAUUCUUGGGUCCAAUUGUUUUAGGCUCCUCAGUACUAUUCUACGCUGGUAUAAGUUUCUCAUACUUGGUUCUCACUCCAGCAGCCUUGAAUUUCUUCGUUAGCUAUGCAGAAGGGGCUGUGGAGUCACUGUGGUCCAUUGAUCAAUACUUUGAGUUUGUUCUGGUGCUCAUGUUCAGUACUGGGCUCUCCUUUCAGGUUCCAGUUAUUCAACUUCUGUUGGGACAAGUUGGUUUGGUUUCGGGUGACCAAAUGCUAUCAAUUUGGAGAUAUGUUGUGGUGGGAGCUGUAGUCGCAGCUGCUGUACUCACACCAUCCACCGAUCCUCUCACUCAGGUGCUUCUGGCUGGACCCCUUCUGGGUCUCUACUUGGGUGGUGCUUGGGUGGUCAAGCUCAUAGGCCGAUAAUUGAUCUCUGCUGUGUGAAUGUAUGGGAUCUGCUGCGUCACAGACUUUUCAUAGCAUACGUAGUUACAGGGAUCCCUGGGGUAUGUACUGAACUAGUAACCCUGUCUGGAAUCAAACGAAUUGUAGAAACAAAAUACGUGCAUUGUCAUUCUCAAAUCUUUGUAGAAUCAUUGUAGAAAAAUCUUUUGCUGGUGUAAAAUGAAAGCAUUUAUAUUCUUUA